AUGAAAUAUCUAGAUACAAUAGUGCUACAGAAUAAAGGCGCAGUUGCUCGAGAUCAUUCACAAUGCACGGAGAUAUCAAUGCAAAUACCUCCAUCAUCGCCCUCGUCAUUAUUUGAUCAUGAUGUCACAAGUACCAUACUACAACUAUGUCGGCCAAUUGGAAUUAUGUGCAUUCUUAUGGGGUUGUUGACUGGCGGGUUUGGUGUGGUGCGGUUUUUUUCUGUGCAACAUAUGUUGACCAAAGACCAGUUCCCCGUGACUAGGGUAACAGUUGUGGUGUUGAUGGUUAUCAAUUUGAGUAUAUUGAUCUUAUUAUUAGUGUUGUGCUUCAAGGUAAGUUUAUAA